CACAGGAGUGUGGGGAGCGUCGUUUGUUGGGCGUAUAGAUUUGUAGGGCUGAUGCUCCUCAGUACACGGCCCAUCCGGUGGCCAGUGGGCGCUGCACAGUGUGCCGGUCGGCUGUGGCGCGGCGCUCACCUCACCCUCUGCUCGCAGCCGCCGCCGACGGACGCCGCCCGCCGCCGCCGGCAGCUGAGGGAGGCGUUCGCCGAGCAGGAGCGGCUGCUGCUGACUCAGCUUCGCAUCGAGGAGCUCUCGGAAGCCGAGCGGACCGCGCACGAGGCCCACCAGCGCGCCGUCGAGGCCGGACAUUUCACCUACGACGACCCGGAGACGGGCCUGCGCGUGCUGACGCGGCUGCGGCACUUUCUGCGUGGCCAGUGCUGCGGCAACGCGUGUCGCCACUGCGUGUACGGCCACGAGGCUGUGCCGGAGUCGGUGCGAGCCCGGCGCCGCUUCAACUCUGCCUUCUGGGUGGACGCCCCGCCGCCGUCGGACGAACGCGAUCGGGCACUGCCCUCGGACGAUCCAGAGGACGUGGACUUCGUGUAGUGAAUUCAGUGGCACCCUCAGGGGCUCAGGGUAGUGUGAGGUGACUGAUAGUGUAGUGUACAUUGGAGGAUUAUCUUAUGUAGAGUCGGAAAUGGUGUGAAUGCUUAGAGUGCACAGUAAUGUGCAUGAGUUGAAGUGAGAAUAUAUAGUUUCUACAAAACAACAAAACAACUGGCGCCAGUAUGCCGUCGCUGUCGACCUCUGAGCAGUACCACAGGGCGGCAGUGCGCGUGGCCGUGGCGCAGCUUUGUCAGUCGCUCGGCUGGCAGAGCGCCUCCGGCACGGCGCUCGACGUGCUCGUGGACGUGAUGAAGAACUACAUCAGCGAGAUGGCCAAGCUGACUGGCAGAUACGCCAACCAGUUUGACCGCACGCUGGCCAAUCUGGACGACCUGGGCCUGGCGCUGCGCGACUUUGGCGUGCCCGUCGCGGAGCUGGAGGACUACCUGUCGUCGGUGGAGCCACUGCCGUUUCCGCACCCGGUGCCGCAGCUGCCCGUGCCGCGCGCCACCAACCUCAGCUUCCUGAAGCCGGGCAGUCAGGAGAUCGUGACGCGGCCCAUUCACGUGUACGAGCACCUGCCGCCCAUGCACCCGGACACAGCAGAUGACGAGACCACCGACUCUCCGUCGGCGGACCCGGCGACGUCCCGCGGCGCGGCCACCACCUCCAGUCCCGGUCUGAAGCGGCCCGGGGACUCGUUCGGCGCCGACGCCAAACGGGGACGCUACCUGCCUGAGGAGGAGGGCCGGCCGAUGCGCGAGAUCAGCAGCGUCAUGAUGACCACCUCCGGCUUCAUCUCGCCGGCGCGCGAGGGAAAGCUGCCCGAGGCGCGGCUGCCCGACCCGCUGGACGACUGCGGCGACGACUACCGGCACAUCAAGACGCGCCGUCAGCGCGCCGACACCUACCGCCGGCUCUCCGAGCGGGAGAACGAGCGCCGCAACCGCGACCGCUGGCUGCGCGACGACGACCUCUUCGACAUCAUCGACGUCAAGGUGGAGGAGGAGGAGGGCAGCGCCGGCAGCAGCCCCGAGAAGCUGCCCACCGCCACACAGGCAGCCAAGCUGAAGCCAUUCAAGAAGCCCAAGACUGAGCCGGGUACCAGCCGGUCGGCUAUCGAGCCGCCGCCGACCGCGCUGCCGCCCCCGGCCGCGGUCGCCACCUCACCCAGGGUCAGACCCGACGCUGAAAAGGCAAAGCUGAAAAAGAAAAAGCCGAAGCCUGUCGAUGUCAAGAGCAGUAAGCUGUCGAUAUUCAAGAAGAAGCUAGCGAAGAAGAAGCAGCAGGGACAUCCAUCAGAGAAGUCUCUGUCGACGACAGCUGGGUUGGCGCCGACGCCACCGCCCGCAGAGCCGUCUCCAGCGCCGGCUCCGGCGCCGGCCGCCGCUCCGCCGGCCAAGAAAAAGGUCAAGAAGAAGCUGCCGCCCAUGCUGCCGGACGAGCCGCAGCUGUUCAGCUCGCCGUCCAAACCGGUGGGCGUGCCGGCCAAAUCGACUGCCAAGGCCGACCGUCCCGCGGUCAAAGCGGCCGACAAGGCGGCGGCGAAGGGCGCAGAGCGCGCCCCGCCGCCCAAGUCUACCGAGCGGCCGUCAGCGAAGGCGGCUGCUAAGGCGGAGCGGCCAGCGGCGCGGCCCCGCUCGCCGUCGCCGCCGCUGGCCAGCACCAGCAGCCUGACGCCGCCGGGCACGCCGGGCACACCGCGCGCGCCCGAGCCGCGCCGCAAGCCGUCCGUGCUGAGCGCUAGUGACCAGUCGCCGCGCUCGGACGACUCGGGCACGCCGGACCGCCCGCGCACGCCCGAACUGCCCGGCCGGCGCGGCGAGUCGCCGCCGCCGCCGGACCCGGCCGCGCUGCUCAACAACCCGCUGAUCCCGCGCUUCCCGUUCCCGUUCAGCGGCGGCGCCGGGCCCGAGGGCGUGCCGCCGCCGCCGUUCCCGGGCAUGCCGGGCCUGCGGCCGCCGGCGCUGUUCCGCGGCGCCGAGACUGCCGGCGCCGGGGCGGGUAAGGCGCGCGCCAAGUCGCCUGACGAGUGGCGCGACAAGCCGCGGCCGCUGGCGGCGCGUGCGCUGGACCCGCGCCGCUCGCCCUCCGAUACCAGCGAUAUGACCCGCUCGCCGACACCCGACAUCAGCGCCAUGACGCCACUCAAGAGACUGGAACUAGCCGAGCGCGCUGAGAAGAAAAAGGAGAAGGAGCACAAGAAAAACAAAAAGGACAAAAAAGAUAAGAAGAAGAAAGACAAGAAGGAUCGUGAUAAAAAGGAGUUGAAGAGUGAAAAGAAGGAGAAGAAGAGAAAAGAGGAGAGAGAAAAGGCAUUUGGGAAAGCACAUGAGGGUGGCAGGGACGAGUCGGGCCCGAAGCUGACCCUGCGCCUCAAUAGUCCGGACUCGACCGAGAGUCGCUCGCCGUCUCCGGAGCCGGCGCCGCCGCCCAAACUGACGAUCAAGCCGGUGCGAGAAACGCCUGAGCCGUCCACAUCCAACGUCGGACGGCCCAAGAAGAAGAUCGACAAAAAGAAGUCCGAGGAGCCGGCGCUGCUCAAACCGCCGAAGAAGGAGAAGGAGAAGAAGAAGUCGCCGAUGGGCAAAGCGAAGAAGGCGUUGGCGUCGCCCAAGGCGCCGCCGGCGGCCGUCAUAGCCGAGACGGUCGGCUCGUUCCUGGACAGCGAAGGCAACCGGAUCUGGAUCUGCCCCGAGUGCGGCCGGCAGGACGACGGGUCGCCUAUGAUCGGUUGCGACGGCUGCGACGACUGGUAUCACUGGGUAUGUGUCGGUAUCCAAGUGCCACCCGGCGACGAAGACUGGUUUUGCCCACGGUGUAUCACCAAGAUGCAGAGCACCGUCAAACAAAAGGGCAAGGGCAGAGGAAAGAAGAAGUGAGAGCACCUAUCCCGUCACUGUACACAUCAAUUAUAUGCACCGCGAUCUGCCGCGCUACUGCCCCGUACCCCCCGGCCGCGGCGGAGAGGUAGACACGUCUGCGGUGUCCCUGCUGCGCCGGCAGUGAGACAACUGACGGCAAACGGAAGCCCCUUCAGCCUGCGGUGUGUGUACGUUAUACGUGCAAAUAUCACCUACGAGAGGAUUAUGCGGAAGAGGUCCCCAACAUUGUCGAUUGUAUGUUUGUUAAAUACAGGUUAGUAGUCAGAGA